CUUGAUUGACGUAAACCUGCUCGAAGCCGCGCAUCAAACACAAGGCAGAGCAACAGCGGCAGAAGUCGCCGGCUGCUGAGGCAAGAACACAAAGGCGGCGGCGGUGGUAGCAGCACAACAGCCGUCCAGCUCCAUCUUCCCUCUUGGAAGAAAACCUCAGUCUCCUCCACGCCCUCUCCGUGGUCAGACGGCAUUAGCAGCUGGGAAAGGGAUAGAAGAAGCGCGGGAUCCAGGGUCAGGAUCGCAGCCCCCUGGAGCCCACAUGGGCAUGUCCUUGGCUGGCCGGCUUCAUUCUGCCCGCUUCUCCCUUGCCACCUCCCAGCAGAAGGAGUUGUUGCUGAUGGAUGCCGGAAGGUGCCGCAUUGCCUUGUGUAUGUUUUGCCCGCUCGGCUGGUAGGAUUUACUUGGCUGUUCUCCCCCCCCCCCCUCGCGCCCCCGAAUGCUUUUUUCUUCUGGGGGAUUGCUGGUGUGGGGGGUCUGCGAAACGUCUGAAUCCACGCUUUCCUCUUAGCGAGGGAAAGAAGCAGGCGGGAGAAGACCGGAGACCCUGCGAGAGCGACAUACGACAGCCUUGCUGGUAUUAGAUGAGAUCACUGUGCGUGUAGGAGGGGAAGAGGGGCCAUCCAACUCGAGGUCCAUGGGCUAAAAGGGAAGGUUUCAAACAAAAAACCCCUCCCCAAACCCGCUGCCUGCUUCUUGAACCUUAGCAUGCAUUGUCUUUUAAAUGCACGAAUCUCUUAAAAAGCCUUUGGGGUAGCUUUGAACUACCCUUUCAUUUCCCCUCUCCCCCUUUUCUAUAGCUAUUGCAGUAGGGGGAGAUCACUGGCUUUAUCAUGGAACAGUGGGGGGAUAUUAAAGAUCAAAAUUAAAUCCAGCAUUAGCACCGCCCCUGAUCGAAGGGAGAGUCCCAGUUUGGCUGUCUGGCCUUGGUCUCUGUUAUUAUGGGGCUUCAUGGCAGCUACUGAUCAGGGCAUUUGAUUACCCAGCUGAAAUGCCCAUUUAACAGGGCAACACUGCAGGGGCAGGUAUGAAUCCCAUUGAUUGAGGGGAUUAUAAGGAUACCAUCUACUUGAGGCCCUGCAGAGCCUUUACUCCUGUCAAUCUGCGGACAAUUGCAGCAGAAGGAUAGCAGAAGUGCAUUUAUACGCUGGCUGUACUUUUACUGCAGCUUCAAGUCAUUGAUGGGUGCUGGAAGGGGGAGUGAUCUGUGUUGGGAAAAAGCAGAAGCUUAGGGGGGAAUAACUGUCCAUUGAUCCAAGUGAACAUUUGUCAUGAAAAGUGCAAACAAAAAUUGAGGGUGUUCUUUAGAUCAAAAGGCAUCAGGCAAUGCUGCUGGAGAGAUUCAUGUUGUAAGGAAAAGGAACACUGAAUCAAUUGAAUUAUGGAAAGAGAAGGAUCCCUUUAAUAACAAAGGAUCGGCACACCAGAAAUAGUGAUACAUUUGGGGUUUAUAUUCUUCCUUCCUUCUGAGAGAAGUGGACGAAGCAACAUUGGGCAAACUGGCACGAUGACUCAUUUGCAGGCAGGUCUGUCCCCGGAGACCCUGGAAAAAGCCCGGCUAGAACUGAAUGAGAACCCAGACACCCUGCAUCAGGACAUCCAGGAGGUACGGGACAUGGUGAUCACCCGGCCAGACAUUGGCUUCCUCCGCACAGAUGAUGCCUUCAUUCUUCGCUUCCUUCGAGCCAGAAAGUUCCAGCAUUUUGAAGCAUUUCGCUUAUUGGCCCAGUAUUUUGAGUACCGGCAGCAAAACCUGGAUAUGUUCAAGAGCUUCAAAGCCACUGACCCAGGCAUCAAGCAGGCAUUAAAAGACGGCUUCCCAGGAGGGCUGGCCAACCUGGACCAUUAUGGCAGGAAGAUCCUGGUGCUCUUUGCUGCCAACUGGGACCAAAGCAGAUAUACGCUGGUGGAUAUUUUACGUGCCAUACUUCUCUCACUAGAAGCCAUGAUUGAGGAUCCAGAGCUUCAAGUGAAUGGAUUUGUUUUAAUUAUAGACUGGAGUAAUUUCACUUUCAAGCAGGCUUCUAAACUGACACCAAGUAUGCUUCGAUUAGCCAUAGAAGGCCUUCAGGACAGUUUUCCAGCUCGCUUUGGAGGAAUUCAUUUUGUUAAUCAGCCAUGGUACAUCCAUGCCCUCUACACAGUUAUACGACCUUUUCUGAAGGAAAAGACAAGGAAAAGGAUAUUUCUCCAUGGGAAUAACCUCAACAGCCUGCACCAGCUGAUCCAUCCUGAGAUUCUGCCUUCCGAAUUUGGAGGGAUGCUGCCCCCCUAUGACAUGGGAACGUGGGCAAGAACACUACUAGAUCAUGAAUAUGAUGAUGACAGUGAAUACAGUGUGGAUUCCUUCAACACUUCUGCAAAAGAAGCAGAAAAGGAUCUGUCUCCCAAAUCCAUGAAAAGGUCUCAGUCAGUUGUGGAUCCUGGAGUGUUAAAGCGCAUGGAUAAAAAUGAGGAAGAAAACAUGCAGCCUUUGCUUUCACUUGACUAACAAUGUCUGAGAAUGGAACAUGAAUUGGGGUGGAAGGUAUUCCCUUUCAGCAACAAGAGAGCCAUUGGGAGUGAAUAUACCAGCUGAAAUCCUAUUUUUCAUGUUAAUGUAGCAUAAUGUAAUAAGGCAGCAGGUUUUGCCAAUCAGCCUGGAACAUGGGUGCCCUGGGCUGGAAAACAGGGUGGAAAAAAUGAAAAAGAGAAAAUAUCAAUAAUAUAUUCUGUAAGUGCCAACCUGUAUGUAAAUAGAGUCUUCUCUUCCUUUCUGCAUUUGUAAUUAAUGAUAGGGAAAUAGUAUAGGAAACUGAGAGAGUGACUACUAAAAUAUGCCAGUUGAAUGCACUGUAAGAAGAACAAGAACACUUAGACAAAAAAAAUCAGGCUUAAGUAAAUGUCAUCCUUUUUAUACAAAGCCAUAUUAUAGCUUUCAUAUGGACUAUGCUGUUUUCUUUCUACAGUUCUCAUUUAAGAAGGGAAUAUAAGAUUCCAUAGACAUCAUUGUAAUUGGUGUGUUAUUUCCUGUUUAUACAAUUGUAUUUGACAGAUAAUGCUGUGAUUCACUGCUGAUAUCAGGAUAUGAUUUGAAUUGUAAGGGUGGAAAGAGGAACUUUAGAAAAAGGGCUAUGCUCUUUUUUUCUGUAGGGGUUUACAAGGCAUUUAAUUUUUUGAUAUUUUCACACAAAGUCUGGGUUUUAAGAAACACUUGGGUUUUGAUCAUAAUAUGGACCUCAGAAGAUCAUCCUCAAAUUGGGUCAACUUUUAAGAAUGCUGUAGAACUUGCUUUCUCAAAAGGUGGGUAAAUGGCACUGCUCAGCAUUUGUUAUCCUAGCAACUGUUUGAAAUUUGAUUCCUAAACCUUACAAAACUAAAGCCUGAAUACAUAUCUGUAUAUUUUUACCAGUCUCUGCAUAUAAAGUGUCAUUGGUAGAUAAGUAUAUUUAAUCAAGGAUUUAUAUAUAAAAAAGAUCAUACCUA